AUGAAGCAAAUUAUCGAUUUUGCGAGAAAACCAUCGGAACACAAGUUCACUGGAUUAUCACUUUUCAAAGCAAAGCUAAAAGGUUUUAUAUUCACCUAUUCAAGGUAUAAAUAAAUUCCUUGUAUUUUUUAUAAUUUCAUAAUUAUCACGGUAACACAUGUCCAAUAAAUCUUCAAUCAUGUACUAAUUUCCAUUUACAUUUCCUUACAAUUAGGUUUUGACAUAAACAGGUAAAAACUAGCCAGGAAAACCCACGUUCCCUUUACUCGUUCGUGCAAUUGUACCUGAAAAUACGAUAAUACGCCGUAUCAGGGGCGUAACUUGAGAUUUCGAAGGUGGGUGCACGGGAAGAAAAGUUAGUGCGCUGAAGACGCUACAAACCAGUGGGAUCUGGGGACAGAAAAUGUUCGAAUUUAGGGUCUCUGAAAUGCUAUUUCCUGUGUUUUGUAAGAGGGUUCUUUGACGGGGAUAUCUCUCUAGCAAGAGGUUACCAGGACUCUAAACAAGGCCUGGAUCCUUUUCUUCUUUUUAUUGUCCGUCAGCAGAGUUUACCGUAAAAUAUUGUUACUAAACUAAUACGAAAGAAAACAGAAGGGUAAAAGGUUAGAAGCAAAAGGAGAGACGUCUACCCUUCAAACGCCAUUAGCUUUUUGUUACAACGCUAUCAAUGUCAACGUUCGAUGUGCAGAAUUUCAAGAAAGAUCAAUCUCUCGUCUCCUAUGGUACUGGUACGAGUAAGAGUUUUCUGUCUCCAGCUUGAACUGCUUUAGUUUCGCUCGACGCACGUCUCAACCUAAAUCACAUGCUAAACGAAACACACCGAUAUAAUGCGAAGGAUUUAUCAGGAAAGACAACAAAAAAAUAUUACUUUCCUUGACUUUAUCUGUACGCACGGGUGAAGGUGCGUAUGUGGACGCCAAGCUCAUGCCUUGUACAUUGUAGGCAUAAGGGUGACCUGGGUAAUUCCUGUUUCAGGGGGUACACGCGGAGAGAACUCCUCGUCUUAUUUCGGCAGCUUUGAAGCCUCACCCUUCUGGCGUGACCUGUAACAAUAGCGUAAGAUUUAUUAACAAACUAAGGCCUUUUCGAAAUCAUUAACAGGAUAAAGAUAAAGUAUUUUAAGGUGUAAGAUUUCCGGGCGUGAGGUUUUGAUAUAGAUUAUGUUUUGUUUGUUUUAUAAUGUGUGGUUUAUUUUCACUUAAUUUUUUUUUGGGUUUUUAUUGUAGGGAUCGUUGGAAUGUUUUCGAUUUCCUUACCUUUGUUGUUUAUAUCUUCGCCAUACUGCCAUUGAGAAUUGCCAUAUGGGUGGAAUCGGAAUCAGUAAACAACAACAGGAUUUUAGCUGUAGCUGGAUAUCUGUACGGCGUUAACACGAUGUUUCUUACGUUAAGAGCUUUCGGAUCGCUUUUAGAAACAACUAAAGGCGUUGGAACUGUACAGAUCGCAUUUUUUCAUAUCAUCGGGGAUGCAGUUGUGGUAGUGGUACAUUUUCUAGCAAUAACGGUGGCCUUCGCCAGCACCAUAACUAAAGUAUUUGUGGCCGAGAAGACAAUGGUUAGCAAAAACACCCCUGCAAAGCAACCGUGAGUUUUUUUCCUGACUCGUUUUUAUUGCAGUAUUAGUUAACGCACUGUUUAACAGCGAAUACGUGCAAAAAUCAACCAAAAUCACCAAAUCACAGCAGCUGCUCAAAAAUUCAAAUUUGGUCCCCUUUUGCAUAGAGGUAAACUUUAAGUGAGGAUAAGAACGCUAUGUAUUUUUUCCUCGAAAGAUCUCCUUUUUUCUAAGUCACUUAGUCUCCGUGAAAAUUUCAAGUGUCCAAAACAAGGUUGAAACAGGGUCUAGUUUGCACGACCCGCGCAUGGAAACAACCGUACUAUUAGAAAAAAAAAAACAGUUCUCGUUGGAAUAUAUCGUAUAACUUUCGUUAUACUACAUCUAUCUAUUUCAUCCUGAAACUUCUUAACUUUGGCGACUGAAACUGACAGUUUUUUGUGUCAAUUUGUGAGGCUUUCAACUGUCUUUUUCCACUGGAUGUACUAAAUGAAAUACAGACGCCAAAUUUGUAGUGUGAGCUGUCGCGGUUGACAAGUAUCCUGGGUCUCUAAGCUUAAAGCUUAACUUUAUGUUUUAAGCCGGCUUGCCGGUGUUUGCUUUUAUUUUCUCGGGGGGGAGGGGGGAUUUCUCUCUAAAAUCACUUAGCCUUUCCCUUAAAAAUCACAUGGACCAACGUGCCCUAAAGUUAACUGAUUUGUGGAUUACAAGAUAUUGUUUGAUUUAAACUAUAAAUUUAUUAAUGGGAGCUUCGCUUUUAGCCCUGGCUAAAUCUACAUAUUAGACAAUCUUUCAGGUGAGAUGAGAUGGACAGGUGCUACAGUCUCACAUUUCCCCAUUGAUUUAAAAUUAUUGUUUGACCAGGUCAAUAGGCCUUUUGCAAUAGUUGGUCCCGUUUUCAACCAGUCCUUCUGUAAACACAAAAACAAUUCCCUGGAUAUGUUGCUAGCAGUAACUGAAAGAACUUAUUGAAAUUUCAUCUUUGAUCUUCCUACUUGUGUAAACUGGGCUGAUGUCUGCGUUGAUCUUCCUACUCAGGUCAGCCAGCUGUUUACGUACUACGUUUGCUGAUUUCUGGUCUUUGAAGGGCAACACGAUUCUGAUUGGGGCUUCUCUUUUAUCAGCCACUUGGGUGUGUGAAUCCUCGGACACUUUGGAUUCAAUGAAUUGGCGAAUGGUUGACUGCACAAGGUCGUCUGGAUAGCGCAGUCGGGAGAAGAUCUCUUUAAGGCGUUCACAUUCCUCGUGAAAAAACUUCCACGUAGACGAGAGUUUAAACGCACGGUUAAGCAUGGUGUUCAGGAGUGACCGUUUGUAUCUGGCGUCAACGUGACUGUGGUAGUGUAGUAGAAGUCCAGUGUCCGUUGGUUUUCUGUAAACCGUGGUGUCUAGGCGGCAACCAUUCCUGAUAACAUUCAUUCCGAGAAAGGGAAGCUUGCCAUUUUCUUCGAGCUCCAUUGUAAAACUGACAGAGGGAUGACUCUCGUUUAGUGUCGUCAGGAAUUCUGAGGCUGCUGUCAGAUCCGGCAUUACGCUAAGUGUAUCAUCUACAUAGCGCUUGUAAAAGGUAGGCAACUUGUUCUCUGUUUCCAGCUGUUUCUCGAUUUUGCACAUGAAGGCGUUUGCCAUUAGGGGACCUAGUGGCGAGCCCAUAGCUACACCGUCCACUUGCUCGUACAAGUUCCCUUCAAACUGGAAGAGCUGAUUUUUGGUGGCGAUUCUCAACAGCUCUAUCAAAUCAAACUUCGUGAUGUUAAGAUCGUGCUCUCUGUUAAACCAGUCGUUUUCAAAGGCUCUCUCUGCGAUACUCUCGAUAGUUUCAUCCACUGGAACAUUAGUGAACAGUGACGAUACAUCAUUCAUUGAAUCCAAAGUGUCCGAGGAUUCACACACCCAAGUGGCUGAUAAAAGAGAAGCCCCAAUCAGAAUCGUGUUGCCCUUCAAAGACCAGAAAUCAGCAAACGUAGUACUUAUUGAAAUUAGCUUUUGAAAUUAGUUAAGACUGUGUCCAUGAUAGGACCAGGCAGGCGUGACACAAGUUAUCUCUCCAAUAACUCCCAAGACAAAGUGAGUCUGAUUUCCAACUAUUCCCUGGAAGUUAGACCACCCCCCCCUGGAUCUUUGCCCUUAAACAUCAAAAUUUCACGAAAAGAAGCAUCAAAAUUAGACACUGCUCCUGGUUACAACAUACAAAGAAUUUUAAGGUGUUUCGAUACAGUUUUUCAGAUGCCAUACCGAUAUUUUUCAAUCGCCUUAAAAGUGUUAUGCUAAUUUUUCCAAAAUGAUGCGCACUCUACAUACCUCCAUGACUAGUAGAUUUUAGUUUGAAUUUAUCGCAUCUUUUGAAUGUAAAACAUUGACAAUACUCACACUGAAAUGUACUAGUCAUGGAUAUAUGUAUUGUCCGCAUUAAUUUGGAUAAAUUAGCAUAACGUCAAAACAGUGAAUGUUGUAACGCAGAUUUUUGACCGGUUCGUAGGAUAGGUUUGUCUUGAAAUUUCAAGGUGUUGCAGUGAAUCAAUCUUAAUGAAAGUUUCAGACAUUUUUAUAUACAUUAUGAAGAUUAUGUGAAGAGAUUUUAAAAAAAUUCUUUCGAGUCGUUUCGGAGAUAUACAAGAAAGCACUAAAAGUCCAAAUUCUGAAUGAAGUUGCACUUAUACAGGUGGUGAGAAAACGGGUUAGAUUUCAAGAUCGCAUGAACGAAAGUACACCAAAAUUUCCUAGCAUCAAAAUAUGAUAUUAAGCAUCAUUCUCACGCUACUUAAGAAUAAUUUGAGUCAUUUAUAACGUUUUUAUUAAAUAACCUAUCACGGCUAUUGAAAAUUUAAGGUUUGAAAUAUAUUUUCGUUUUAGUCGAAUUCAAACAUACAGAAUUUUUUACUUCUUACGGAGACUGUUUACUAAACACCAAACUUUAAGUUCCUAGUGUUGGAUUUUCAGUAGCAGGUCUAGAUCACACAAAAUUCGGCUUUUAUCAAUUUCAAAGUUUUUUGUUUAUUGUUGUCAUAGUAAUAUCGAUUUUACUUAAAACUACAUUUUCACAAAUUUCAAUCGAUAGCCAAUUGCUGCUGAAAAUUUUAUAGCGAUCGGACAAGGAGAAAACCACUUUUAAGACAAUUAAAAAAUAUCGGUAUGGCCUCUGAAAAACUGUAUCGAAACACCUUAAUCCCCUUCGACACAAACAAAGGUCAAUCCUAUGCCAAUUGAUACGGCCGGUCUCAAGUCAUUUGGAGUGACAGCAGCCAAUCAAGGGAUGUCAGUGCUUACCCAUAUAACCAAAGAUUAUGCAAUAAGAGAAAAUAGCUCAAGUUUAGAUCCAAAUAUCUGAGAAAUCCAACUUUCUUUUAUAAAACUGUUUGCACAACGAUUUAGUCCCAUCCAUGAUGUAUAAAAUGGGAAAGAAUAUUUCUGGCAUCUCGCACAGUUUCCUGGUUUUAAAAGCUGGUCUGAGCCACGUGACUCGACAGCAUCAUUUCUGAGACAGAACAAUGACAGAAAACAAAUUAAUCGGAAAUAAAAUGUCACACGAUCCGUUUAUGAACCUUAUUUCUCAUAUAACGAAAUAAUUGGGUCUAUGAAUAAUAUUUUUACCACUUUAAGUCAAAGUGAAGCUUAUAUUCAUUACAGUAUCCCUUACACUGAUGGCAUUAACAGCGCCCAGAUUACAACCAUAAUAUCUGCAUGAAGAUAAGAGUGGCCAAAUAUUUAAAUACUAUAUUAUUACUGUUGUCAAAAUGAAAAAUGCCAGUGUAGCUCUUUUUGUGCUGUUUCAGUUGAUUUUUAAUCGCGAAUGGAUGAUCACAGCCCUAAUACAAGCCAAAUACUUGAACUCGAUCAAUGAGUAAAAUAAACAAAAACUUUUACCUUGAUUCAUUUAUCCACAGUGGCAAUCCUCUCAUAAAUUAUUAUUCGAACUGAUAGAAUUCGCAAACUGAAAUAAUAAUUUCACUUUAUCGAUUGUUGCUUUACAGCUCCAUAUUUCGUGGUCUCGGAGAGAAAUCGUGAGAACCUAAGCCCGGGAUGUGGUCAACGGUAAUUGUACUUCCUAUUAAAACAGGAAGUGCUUAUAAGGGUUUUAGCAAAAAUAUCUCCUUUCUUUUUUUUAUUACUGAAAACGUCCUUUCUACGAUCAGCUCAUGUAAAUUUCUCUCUUUAGAGUUUUUACUACUGAUAACGCACUGUAUCUUUAAUUACAACACCUUGCGGAGUGAAGUAUGGCUUCACUUUCUUGUUCAUUUGUAACUUUUUCAAAUAAAUGUUGUGGUAUAUCCAAGCGCUUUCCAGGGGUAACCGAAUAGUUUCCACUGACGCCAUGCCACAAAGAUAUCAGGGCUCAUCUAAGAGCAGUCAAUGUGUCUCAGACAAUUAUUUUUACGGCUCAGCCAAUCAGGAAAUUGUAGACGCCAGCGUCCACGGAAAUGAAAAAAAAGGAGGGGUUGUGACAGGCGUCCCUUACCCUCUCAAUAUCCGGUCACUUUGUAAUAUUAAAAAAAAAAAAACGAAAUUUAGUAAAAUUCAGUUGUAAUAAUCAAACGUUAUAAAAUAGAGACAAUUUAGGCAUUUUUCUUUUCCAUUGUAGUGUGUGCAACAAAUCCGGAAUACAAUGGUAAGAAUUGAAACUACGUGUAGGUGGAAUAUGACAGUCGGGGUGGGUGUAAUAUUCCGAAUGUAAUCUUAUUCUAUAUUAGAUUUAAGCAAUUACAUGUCCCCGACUAGUAGGCUACCUGUAGCCAGCUAGAAGAUGUGUCUCAUUAAUAAAGUUGAUCAGUCAGUUACGUUCAGUCAUGAAUAGAACUGGUGUACAGUGCCUGACGCAGUUCGACAACCUUAGCGGCAGUCAUCUCUCACCGGCACCAAACGACGGCUUCCUCCAAAAUACUUUGAAAACACUUUUUAGGCUAUCCAGCGUACGUUCAGUGUACGUUUAGAACUCUAGAAUCGAAAUGCUUUCUAAGGGCGCUUAAAAAUAAUUUUUGUAUCUAUUCGGCCAUCCUAAGGGAACUUGAGGCUUUUCGAAAUUACUAGUGCUUCAGUCCUAUUUUACUGAAAUUUUUAGAUGCAAUUGAACGUUUCACGAAAGUGAGAAUUUUUGUUAUUCCUCUCUCUAUCACAUUUUUGAAUCCGAUAAUUUUAGGUUUCCUUUUUUCUACGAAAAUUAGCGUAACGUGGGGAGUAAAAUGCGAGAAAUUAAAUUUUAGAAAAUCGUGAGGAAUUUUUUAGUUAUUAUAAGCCUUCAAAAUUUAACUGAAUGGAAAGCUCAUCUAGAAAUUUGUACCCGUAUUCAAGCAAUGAAAAAUUCUAGGCAACAUUUACUUCUCCGCACUAAAUUUUAGUGUCAUUUCAAGUGCUUCUUUGAAUCCUUUAAGGUAAAGUUCGAGUAAUUUGCAUGGUUCUGCAGGAACUGUUAGAGAUUUCACCCUAAGAAACAUCCGCACAUUUAAACCGCAUUGGUUUCAAGUGUGAAUCCCGUUAAGGCAAUGGAAUUUUUUCGGGCUCAAUAAUCACUAUUACAAACUGUAAUUGUCAUAUCUUCAUUUACACUAGCGUUGAUUUUGUUUUACUUUGAUUUUGCUUGCUACUUCCUAUUCCUUUUAUGAGGACUCGAUUGGGUUUUUCAGGGUAAACACCUCCAAGUUUAAGCACAAACAAGAGGGUCUCAAUGGGGUUAACCGAUAGGCGUAAAACGGCCAAAAAUUUAGUCGAUAGCCGUAAACAUUGAAAAAAUUCAACCGUUAGCCUUAUAUAGGGUAAAAAAGAGUUAACCGUAGAAGAAAUUGUUCCCUAGAUUUGCUACUUUAUGUACUAAACUCACUUAUGGUUGCGUUUUUUAUUUCCCGGCCAGUGUAACUCCGUACGCACGUUAGGCGAAGCGCCUUUUUAGGUGUUUUUUUGUAUUCCAUAGCGAAAGUCUGGCUUCUUGCUGGGGAUUAAUAUCUGCAAUUUUCAGGAGGUCUUGCCCUCGAAACACUAGUGAAACAACACGCAGAGAUGUCACUGUUUGUAAAGCAUGUUGCCGAUAAACAACAUUUCCCUGUUUUUCUCUGACGCUACGGUAGACAUUGCCAUGCCUAGUCCCUGCACAGAGUCUUCCCACGCAAUCUCGUCGGUCAAGGCAUUUCGGUGGCGAACUCGCUCGGACCAUGUGACCCGAAACGCAUUAGCCGCGCGGAAUAAUGCGGCCUACGGACAAGGCAACGGCAGACAAUCGUUCUGUACAGUCCUUCGCUAUCAUUAAAAACACUGGACACGGGAAUUUUAUUAUUGGCCGUUUUCACACCAGAGCUAGAAAUGGAUCAUCCGUCUGAGACUAGCCUGUGUACAGUCGAGCCCUCCCAACAGAAACCCCUUCUCCGACUUUUUCUGAGGGGAGGGGGUGGCUGUACACAGGCUAUCUGGAACGGAUAAUCCCGUCUGCAAAAGUCAGGCGGAUCGUUCAUUCAAAAUUAAAACUGUUCCAUGUUUGAAAUUAAGACUUAUUACCUAUCUGACGCGAAUCAUCAAACGGAAAACCCGUCUCACACAAAUAAUCCUUCUCUAGGUUGAAAACGGCCAUUUCUGUUAUAAUGAAUGUCGCGCCCCGGCCUUGAGUUGGGCGUUCGCCUGUCUGCUUUUGCUUUUUCACAAAGAUUAUUUUUAAAUUGACUAUUGACAUUUCUAUGUGUAAAAUAAUAGUAGAUGUGGAAUACUUUAUAAAAAGUAUAAACAUUGACCACAAAGGACUGCAAAGGACCGCAAACGAAUAUGCCGAAGAACGUAGGAUCUAAAAAGACCUGAUCAGCAAAAAUGAAAAGUAGACAUAUUAAAUUAGGGCGAAACAGCUGUCUAUGGCUACAAUCCCGCUCUGGUUUGAGUUCUUUCGGUGUCGUGUUGAUGUAUUACAGAGUUAAUUUUCACGUAGUACAUGUACGAUCAGCAUUGCAGAAUUCUGCUUAUAAAAAGUAUGAUCUAUCGAAUGUUAAAAAAUUUCAAAAGAAUAGCAUAUUUCAUCCCAAGAUGAUCCGAAGACCUUUAUUUUGAUUAAAAGAUACAAAAAAAUACAGGUUAAUUAAUAUUUAUCUUUUUGAAAUAAAAGAAGUUAAUUUUUAACUUUUUCGUUAACCGUUACUGAAAAAAAUUAACCGAUAGCCGUAAAAGAGCCAAAAUUUUAGCCGAUAACCGUAAAAGCCACCACCCCAUUGAGACCCUCAAACAACGUCGCCAUAAUUUGCAUUAACCAAGAUUUUAUACGACCACAGAUGUAUUUAAUAAGGAUGAAAAUUUGUAAUUAUCAUGGUUGCAAUGACGAGUUGUCAUAGCAGCGAAAUGAAGCCAUUACUUAUUUCACUUGCAGUCGUGUUUCACGGCACUUCCCAACUCCCAAAGCAACUUUUAUAUAAUACCAUUAGCUGCUACACAUGUCUUUUAAGACUAGUAAUUUAUUUGGUUAUUUUUAGUCAUUUAUUUGGUUAUUUUUGGUUAUUUAUUUGGUUAUUUUUAGUGUUUUUAAACUUGUUCUUCUGUUAUUUACAGCUGGUGGAAGAUAGCUAAACACCUUGGAUGGUCGUUACUUGAUUUAUCAGAAGGCUUGAGCACUCUUGAAUCUACUGACUCAUAUUCAGAAACUCUCGCUCAGCUUUUGUUUGCUGCCUAUCUUAUUUUUGCUCUUAUCCUCCUCAUUAACAUGUUGAUCGCGUUGCUUUCCAACACUUACCAGCGAGUGCAGGUAACUGUACAUAACUUUUUAAUCUAGAGUAGCCAGAGAGAAUUUAAGACUUCAUAAAACAGCUGCUAUAAGGAUUUUGUAAAUCUUCAAAAGCUAUUUCCAGUAGAUCUCCAGUAGUCGAAUUUUUCAUAAGAGGGUACGAACCAAUUGCAAUUUAUAAUUUAAUUGGGUUGACAUAAACUAAGCCAUUUAUAAAUUCAGUCAUCUGUUGGAUCAGAAGCCGAACUAAAGAGGAGUCAAACCAAUCACACUUCAAAUUGGGGCCAACAAGUUUUCGAAAGACAGUUUGUCGCUGCAAAUAACUGUCUACGAUUCAGGUUUUCCUCGUGUAUGUAUUUGGUUAUUUCGUACAAAUUUUUUCAAAAUUUUGAUUUGUACUGUAAAGUCGUUUUAUUUUUCUAAGAAGUAUUUUAAUACAGUUGUGCUAUAAAGUCAAAAAUUGACGAGGCUUAUACAUUUGUAUAAAAUCGCCUAUUUGAUGAAUGUGAUCACGGGAGUUCACCUUUUUGUUUUGACAAACAAAACCACGUGAUUCGUGCGCCAAAAUCACCUGACACGCGUAUCUCUAACUUCGCGGUCUACAUGUUUCGGUAGUACAUUCUGCUUCCCAGAUAAAGUAAGAUCAGUUUUGAUCUUAUUUAAUCGUUUCUCUGCCAGAAAAAAUAAACCUUUAAUGACUUAAAUGACGUAUUGUAAACAUUACCGCGUUGCCAAGGUUAAAACAUUGUUCACGACGCCAUAUUGAGAUAUUGAGAGCACGUUACUAAAUGAGUUCAAACGAAGAUUUUCGCAUUUUCUCGCCAUGUUCCGUGCUACAAUUGGGUCAUGUCACAACAAGCAUAGAACAGCGGUUUAGGGGGUCUUUGCAUGAGAAAACUGGCAUCGGCGCGAGUUUCAUACCAGGAUGACUUUUUGAUUUCGUAUCGCGCUUACAUGAUAACUGGGCCAUUUCGAAUCUCGUUAUUUGAAGGUAUACUUCAUGUUGAUAAAAUACACGUGUGAUUCAAAAUUGCAAACAUUACGCAUGUGCUACCCGUUCCAGUCUACCGGCAGACCGAUUUCACACCGAAACGGGUGGUCGUUUCGCGUUUACAUGAUACCGUUGCGAGAUUUCGUACUGGGGUGAAAUUCUCGCCCCGGUACAAGAACCAGGGUGAACUCACGCCGGGGUGACUCGCGCCGGCAUGACAUUUUGUGGUGGUAUCACAUAAACAGAUAUAGAGCCAUAAGAGGGAACCGGAGUGAACUCGUUCCGGGGCGAAAGUCGCCCCGGUGUCAUGUAAACACCCCCUUAGUCGUAACAAUGAUGGCGACGAGGAAAACAGCGUAGCGCCAUGAGUUUGCUAAAGGCGAUUUCGUGCCUGUAAUAGACCGCACUGGAAGCAACUCAAUUAUAAGGAUUUAGUCCAGUCAAUCUAGGCAUUUUUGAGGCUCAAUAUCAAACUAAUUGCAACAUAGGAUUUCUUAUGCCUCCAAAAAAGUCGAAAACAUUUUCUACUUUACUUAUUUAUACUUAAAAGACAGCGCAUUUACAGCAGUUAAAAGGGAUGCAAAGAUCUAAGCUAGGAGCGUUUUCUAAAAAUCACAACUGGUCAGCCGGACCAUGGCCGGACCAAUCAUUUUAUCAAAGAAAUAAGCUUAAUCCAAGAGAUUUUGCUGGAAAAACAUAUCCUUCGUGCAUACUAUUUAGGAUUUUACUCGUCUGGCUGGAUACUUUUGAUUUAAAGUGAAAUUCCCACUACGAUGGGAAUGGUCUGGCCCCUCAGUUGUGACAAAUGGAAAGCGCCCUAUAUAAGAAAUGGGUACCAUUUUGUUAUGAAAGGCAUACGAAAGAGGUACUCUCAGUUUUGUCAAAUAUGGUACAUAAAAGGAUAAGGGGUUGGACCUCGGGUAGGAGCAUCUCCGCAUAAAACUUUGUUGACUACCUGUUACGAAAAAUUGUAUUGCGUGACUAGCGUGACUUUCUAGAAGGUUCGCGAGAGUUCAUAGCCUGUUUAUUUUAGGUUCUUAUGUAAGCGUUUCUAAAAGCGGUAUAUUUUGUAAUCUUUCUAUAAUUAGACUAUUUAGAAUGUUCUAGAACUUUAUUGUAAAAGUAUAUAAGUAGGCGAGUUCGAGUUAAGUUUUAACUAGUUUUCACAAGCGAGGAGAGUUCGACGUUAGUCGUGUUUAGUCAAGUGUGACGAAAGCAGUGUUUAUUCAAGUUGGCGGAGGCCGGGUAAAAGUUUAUCAAGUUAAUUGAAGUUGGCGGAGGCCGUGUAAGUUUAACGAGUUACGUACUGUUGUGGAGUUUUACUCAGUGGAAACUACGUUCAUUCUUGGAAUAAAUCUUCUUGUUGCUGUUCCGACAACCCUGCGUUCAGUUUAGUUUGCAAGCUACCUGUCCUCUAAAAGAUUACCCGCGUAACACUACCUUUUUCAUAUCUCUACUACUUCUGUCAAUGUUUGUUUAUACUGUCAUUUUCUCUGCAGGAUAAUUCGCGAAACGAAUGGGUUUUCAAAAGGGCAAUUGCAGUUCAGACGUAUCUAAACUAUCAUCCCAUUCCAGUACCUUGGAAUGUUUUAUAUAUUCCAACUGUUUGGAUAUACAACCUAAUUUGUAAAAGAAAGGUGGCCCUGAAAAAAACAAGUCAGUGGAACAUUCAGGUAUAUUAAGGCCCGAGUUUGUCUUUUUUUUUGCUCAGCAAAUGAGGGGGUGGUCUCUCUUCAAAUGGAAAUGUGUGGCAAGGGUGAGAUGUGGUCAUUGCACUAUCACCAUGAUGGUAACGUGAUGCGUGACCAAGUAACACCUCAAGUCCCUGUUUUAUUAUUAUUAUUAUUAUUAUUUAUUUAUUUAUUUAUUUAUUUAUUUAAGGAUUCUGCAGGCAGGUUGAAAAAACUUUUACUGGGCGUCGUAUAAAGAAAUGGUCUAUUGUACCGGGUCCAAUUCACCAAAACAAUAGCCUUUUGUCCUAGGUGAUGCUGCCGAAAAAAGACCGAACAGUCUGUGCAUGAUCGUUUAAUAUUCGGCGCGACAAAUUUGUAAUACUAGGGGGAGGAGAGAGGUUUUUUUUUGCCUUGACGCGAUGCUUUUGAUCGGAUCGUGCUUUUAUACUGAUCUUUCUUAACAAAAUUUCAGAAAUACUUUACAGAGGACGUUCUUAAACCGUUAUUAAAACAAGCUUAUUAUUUGCGCGUUGCGUCCUAAAAUUCAAAGGUGCGAUCUUUGAAUUUAAUCCAUACCAUUAGUUACUCAAAUGAAUCAAUGAAGCGCGAGAUUUGAAAGCUGAAUUUAAAAACUUGCAAAAAAUAAAAUCGAACCGAUGGAGUGACGACAGUAUUUUGUCCCUCUCCCUUCCCUGUAAGUGAGUUUCACUUUGAGGCAAAUGAAACCCUUACCCUCCCCCAGGAAUAUUGUUCACUACUUGACACUCGCCGAAGUUUCAAAUUUGCCGCCUCGGUAGACAUCGGAAUUUUGCAUGUGUAAAGACGCCAUUGUUUAAGUCAAAUAUGGCCAAUUUUACAACAGGAAACAAUUACCUAUUGUUUUCAAAUUGGACCCGCUUUUCUUGAUACGGUUUUUAUUAGUGUUGUUUUUACCUAUCUAAAGUACUUUCCAAAUGUAACUGAAAUGGUGGUAUGCCUACCCUUGAUGAAUGUUUUCUGGCUGUCACGUGACAGAAAAACGUUACAUUUCAAUGACAACUUAACCUGGGCAUGCCUUCCAGUUAGUUUCGUGUACAUCCCGAUACGCAAAACUCUUUCUUUUUUUCACUGUAAAUGAGCACAAGUACCCUUGCAGAAGGCCUGGAGUUAACAAUGUUAAUUGGAUACCUUAAUGAGUCACGUGAUCCUUAUCUCGACAACUAUCAAUUAGACUUUAAUUCGGCAACGCUCUCACGUACGUUUUGUGUAAAUACUUUGCAUAUUUACGGAGACAGAUCACCCCCCUUCAUUUUUUCAUGUUUUUUUUUUUUUUUUUUUUUUUUUUCACGUACUUUAGAUCAGCCAGUCCUUUGUCGUAACUGUUUGAUUUUCAUGACGAAGCCCAAUACUUACAGCUAUGUUACGGCUAGUAGCCUAUUUUUUUUUUUUUUUUUUUUUGUAGAAAGCACUCUCUCUUCUUAAAUAGGCCAUUUCUGAGUUAUGCCAAUACUCUGCUUCAAAGCAAGAGUAAAAAGCAAAACUAUAAAUUAAUAGCGGAGCAUCACGCACGCGCGAGCGUAGUUUCAUAACUAAUAAAAUCUAUUUAUCCUAGAAAAUUUGGUAUUCAGGUGAUCGUACAGCGCCAGACCACCAAAGCGUCCGUCCGCACCACAGGGAACCAAGAUUUAAUUUCAAACUUUCUAGUUACAGAUAGUAGUUUGGGAGCCCAGCUGUCAAAACAGAAUAUCCGCUGCCCAGUAUUACCUGACCGUAUCGCAGGCUCAGGUAUCAACUAAUCGAUGUCGAGUAUUUUUUAAAGUUAUUUGCUGACAAGUUACUAAUUUUCGAAUGAUCCCAGGCUCAAGUUCAAUUUUUUUAAUGCAUAGGAAAUAAGUUUUGUUUAUGCGCCGCACAGGCGGACCAUCCGAACUCUUCGAGGCAUUGUGAUGUCACGCGCGACCUAUGAUCCCAUAUAUUUACUGUAUCACAAGUUAUUAAGUCCAUAAGGCCCGCACUCUGCUUCAUUCAAGUCAUCAGUGGAAAUGCUUCAUAAAACACAGAAUUUUUGAAAAACUGCAUUCUGUCCGACGUAUGUAAGCUUACAAAAAAUACAUCACUUCAUAGUACUGUUCACCUCGGAUGUGAUGUAUGAAAAGUAUAAAUGGCUGGUUUACACGUUACCAGAUUUGUUGUCAAGAUUUUGUAAAGUAACCUUAUCAAAUACAAAAAUAUAUUUUGGCUUCCGUUUUAGACAAAGGAGUGCAACUUAUAAAUUACAACGUCUAAAUUGGCUGCCAUCGAGGACAAUCGUGUCUUAUAACCGGCUUUUUAUAGCAUAAAAUUAUAGUUCGGAGAUGUCCAAUUAACCUUAUAAAAUAAAAUUGGUGGCUUUGACUCAUCGAAGAUGAUUGCUAUUUUUUUGAUAUUAACUCGAUGUAAAAUUUGUUUUUUUUUUCUUGGACUGUUUCAAAUUAUUUUUCUUUAAAAUCACUUAGCCUUUCCCUCAAACCUCACGUGAAUGUGCGCUAAUGUGCUUGAUUUGAUUAAAUUAUAAAUUUAUUAAUGGGAACUUCGCUUUUAGGCCUGGCUAAAUCUAUAUAUGAUGAAAAUGAUUAUUAUCAUUUUCUUUUUUUCCAUUUCAUUUUCAAAAGAGAGGUUUUGCUCUUAAUCUACUUUUGAAAGCGAGAGUUAGUGGAACUCGGAAAUUGCCUUUUGCCUCUGUCGAUAUCCAAACAGAGAGCUUGCUUUCAGGCUGUCGUUCUACUUGAAUUUUACUUUAAAAAAAAAACAACAACAACAACAACAACAAACUAGCAAAACAUAACGCAUAAGACAUUUGUGUUUUUGGCAAACUGAUCGAGACAGCUGAAAUUGCUGCUGUUGGCGUUUUCAGAAUUUGUUUGAUCAAUUAAAUUAAUGAAUCAACUGGAGGUUUCCGUAACUCGAAAGUAAGAAUUAUCGUUAUUUGCUUUAAAUGUAGUUUUGUCUUCACUACUAUUAAAUACAAUUAAAGUGGCUCCCUAGAAUAAAUUGGUCGUGCGCAUCCUGGGUACUAGACGCCAACUUUAAAAUCUGCUCGACGUCCACGCAAAAAUAUAAACAAAACAUGGCUUCUCUUUUAAGAAAUAUUGCUCGAAAAAACUUUGUUAACUUUCUUGAAUUUCUUAAUGCAACAAGAUUAGUCAGUCCUGGACAGACAUUUUUACGAGAAGGAAAUAUUUUUCUAGUUUCAAGCCAUUUAUCGGCAUUUAACGAUCCCAACAAGCGUGAAUGGCAUAGUGAACAAAGACGAAGCUUUCCGUUUACGGUGUUCGCAGUCUUGGGGAUAGCUGCGGCUACCUCUAAAAAUACGGAAGAAGACUCUCUGCCCACAUAAUGUGUCAGUCAGACCCUCUCCGUUACUACCCCCCCCCCCCCGCCUCCUUCGCACCACCUGAAGCGUAGAUCAAAUGGUCGCUUCGCGAAAGCAACGAAAUUAAAGGAACCUCUAAUAAAAUGGCACUAAUGAAACAAGGAUACCGCAACUAGCUGGCAAAAGGAAACUGGAUUUUGAAAACACAACCGACAAAAACAAACCACCCUCUAAACGCAACACAAGGACUAGUCAUGUGUGCAGGGCGGUGACUCUUUAUCUUUGGACAAAUUUUGCUAAAGUACCAAGCACGCGUUUAUAGUAAUUAUUGGAAAAAUCAAAUAUCUAUGCUUAUGCUUAUAUCAGGCCGCAGCCGCCGAAAAAGAUGAAGCUCUUCCCCAUGGAACUCGUGUAAUUGACCUUGACACUUUUCGCAAACGACGUCUCCAAGGCUGCACUCACACUGUCAAUUAGGUAAAUGUAUGUACAUAAUUAUUUUGAAAAAAGCCUCACAGGGAUGGACUUUGCUUGACUGGACUUUAACAUUUGCUUUUCAGAAAAGUUAUGACAUUUUCUACCAUUUUGUGUUUGCAAAUGAAUUUAGUAUGUACUGUAAACCGGAUGUUUUUGUUUAUAGUAAGACUUUUUCAAUCCUUUGUAAAACUUGCCUUGGACCCAGUGCAAAAAACAAUAAAAUAAUAACAAUAUUAAAUAAAUAAUGCACAUAUGUAUUUUCACCCCACUUAACAUUCACUGUUUCCAGUUAGCUAGUAUUACUCGCAUGUACUUCAGAUACAAAAAAGCAAGCAAAAAGAGUAGGAACUCCUUGUGCUAGAAUACAGCAAAUAUGCUACAUGUUUUAUUCACACAAAGCCUUUUUUUUAUUUUACUUACCAUAUUUAAGUCCAUUUUCUUUUUUACAAUGUGAGCUGAUGAAAUGCGCCAUGGCGUAGCUGGCACAUUUGUGAUUUAUUUGUCCAGUCUGUUGGAAAAAACAAUGAAAUCAAAACUUCUGAACAACACGGGAUCAGGUCGACGUGGUCAAACUGCUUUUGACGUAAACACACCAGUGGCCCUUGGUUGUCUUCAUGCGGGUAUUGGCCAAACCAAAGUAAACAAUUUGCUCUCUUCUUUGAAUAACCCAACUCUUAACUCUGUCACUUUCAAAUUGAGGGAAAGUCAGGGAGGGAAAGCUGCAAAGCUGGAAAGCCUUUCAAAAAGUACCUGCAAGCAAAAUUUGGCUAUAGAAAAACAACAAGCCCUACAAAACGGUGUUCAGGUUGAUGAUAAUAACCUGGUUCCUAUUUCCUGAUCCUAUGACAUGGGCAGGCAGAACCCUGGAAAGAGGCAUAAUUCACUCACUGGUCAAGAAGCAGUUAUGGGUUUAUCUUCUGGAAAGUAUUGGACUAUACAACAAGGACAAAAAGUUGUAGAGUUUGUGAUGGUGCAGUUGAAUUGUUUAACAAAGAAUUUCCUUUCGACGAGCCAAUCAUUCUCGUAUUCUUUCCUGUUUAAAAUUCCUUCAAGGCACACGAUGCUUUAGCAGUACGAAAAAUACUUUUUGAGUCGCCGAUAGCCCUUUCGGAGAAAACUGUAGUCGAGAACCACGGCGUGUUGUAACUACAAGGCACGCAGCUGAGAACGUGAUAUGUUUAGAUAAAAUCGCCGCCAUAUUCCAAUGCAAACUUUUCAAAGGAAAUCCCUAUCAUCCGCAUUACCUCAAGAAGAACAUGAUUGAAAAAAUACCCGGAAGUGGGCUUGUAUUUGAAGAUCUGCAAAGAAAGUACAGCAGGUUUGGAAAAGAACGGCGUAUUGCGUUACUUUCACAACCAUCUUCUUCUUCUCCAUCACAACCACCACGAGUGACCACCACGGCUCGAAUUUUGGCUACGAUGGUCAAUUACUUUCAAUGAAGAAAACAAUUAGUGUUCUCCAUCUUGUCAUACUAUAACUGAUGAGAUAUCACUGUAAUUAUACUAGUAAACACCCUUCAGAAUUGUUUUGGUACUUUUCGUAGAAAAAACAUGUUCUCAAUAGCUAUGUGCAUUAUGCGCAUGCACGCUUAUGGCUCACGCGAGUAUCAGGCGCAUGUACAGCUCCGAAUCACGCUUGUUUUUCGGAUUUUUGUGAUGUCGUGAAUUUCUCGCGUUUCUUUUGGCCAGCCUUUUUGAAAUCACCUUAUUUUUUAACAGUUGCAGUACCUGUAUACUGUUUUGUUGUUGUUGUUGUUGUUGUUGUUGUUGUUUUGUUUUUUUUCUUUUGUAAAAAUCUGUGAGAGCUAAAUUCCUCUGUGAAGAAAAAUUUCCAAUUUCAAAAUUUUGGCACAACCGUCUUAACGACCCCAUGUUUUCCACUUUUAAAUGUUAAGCAAUAUGUUAAUAUAAUGUGGCAAAGUUUAAGACAUUUCACUGAGGGAAAUUAGAAAUAUUAAAAAAACAAUAAUCAAAAAAGAAAAAAUAACUGCCUGUCCAAGGAUGCGAUGUUCCCAUGGCAACGGCCUUAAUGCAGAAGAUGAAACUUGAUAAAGGAGCUUUUUAUAUGAUUGGGUACGCGCUGAAACUUGUGAACAAAAUCGUAAAGACAAUGUAACUAGAUUUCCUUCUGUAACGUAUGCUAUAGAUAACUGGGGUUGUUGGUAAAUACUCUAGGGAGGCACCUUAACGCUAUAUGGGUUAGAAAGCUAUAUAGCUUAAAUUGGACGUUAAGAUGCGUCAUUGUCUCAGUCAAGUUAUCCAAUAAUGUUGAAAAUAAUGAAUGUAUUACUAUGCGUAAUUUUGUUGACUGUAUCAACAAGGCAAAAAAGCACGGUCUGAAAGGAAUAAAAAUACUGAGGCAAAGUAUAGAAGGUCAUGCUGAAAGGUUAAAGUUGACGCUCUCUCAACUUUACUGAUUUCAACUUUUGUUUCACUGCAGGACGAUUUGAAGUUUUUACUGGACAAGUACAGACUUAAAUACGGAGAUUCCUUUCCUCCAAAAACAAGUGAGUUGCAUUCAACUCGUUUUAAGUCCCGAAAAUUCAGCUUAUUCCAAUUUUAAUUGAAAAGGAACCAUUGGGAGCCCGUUCGCAUCACUACAUUUCUUGUUUCAUGUAUAUUCAGAUAAAAUCGACCAGUUACUUGACGAUGCAGAGAAUACUGAAAGCAUGGUUAAUCAGAUUCUUUACCGAACCUUCACGCAUCAAAAAUGUCAUGACAAAGCUCUUCUUCCUACCGGUGCAAAGGUAACUAUACCAUUUUAGUAUUGAUUAUUUGAAACGUGCUCAGAAUGGGGCAAGGCAGAAACGGAGAAAAAGAGCACAACAAACUGUGACUGAAAAAAGAAAUACAUGCAAACCAACAGGUCUGAAUAACGUACUACGUAUGUCCGUGACAACACUUGUUUACGAAGCAAAUCCGCGCGAGGGUUAAACUUUUAUCUGAUAAACUCAUUCGUGAGUGUUAACGCGUUAACGACGAAGAAUACGUUAGAAGUGCAAGUCUUGGUGAGUAAUUUUUCUAAACAAGGGAUCAAGGAAAAUGCUUUUGACAGUCUCGGCGAUGUUUUUCAUUGUUUUGAUCAUAAGCUUUAGCAGAAAGAUGACUGAAAGAAAAAGAGCGUUGCUUGAGUUUUGGUGACUUUUCUUAGAUGAUGCUUGAACGAUUUACUCUAAUAUUGAGUUAUUACGAUUGGAAAAGGAGCAAAUCCUUUAAUAUAGCCGAGCGAUGACCCCUCUGGGUCAUUUCUUGGUGGCACGAAAGUAGGCAAUGAGCGCAAUGAUGCCAUCAGACACAAGAAAUAAAGCUUUGUUGAUUAAAGCUUUUAAACAUACACAGAUGUUAGUGCGAUCAAAGAAGCCUUUUCUUACAUACAGCUUAUAUUUACAGGGGAAAGAUACCAAAAUUAUUUCAGUAGAGGUAGCCGUGUAUAUACCACUGACAGUUACAUCUAAAGGAAACUGUACAAAUAAGUUUUCUGAGGAAUGGAAAUCUCGAUAUGUUUCGUGUAUGUUACGUACCCAGUUAGGGUCAGUUAGGUGAGCGCCGAUCUGCCUAGUGGCAUGCUGUGGCCUCAAACCUUGGCCGGACCACAACUCAUAUCUGUAAUUAAUAAAUAACUGACACAAAAAAGCAUCCUUUGCAAUGUCAUCUUAAAAUUGUUAGACUUCCUAGUCUUUUCGGAUAUGGACAAUAAACUGCAGGCCCUGUCUCCAAACCUUUUCAGGGGCAGGGAACGAAGUACCUAGUUCUGUAGUCUAUCUUUGACGGGAUGUGGUCGGCCUCACUGGCUUAAUUAUUUCCAAGGGCUUCCAACACUCAGGAAACUCAGGAACUCGGGAAACUUGACGUCAGCUUUGCCAUGACUGCUAUAACUUUACAGUCUUAAAUGUAAGCUAAUGUUUUACUUAUCAUCAUAAUAAAAUAAGCAUAGAGGUUUAAGAAAAGCUUUUCCGUUGACUUCACAGGCGUGGGAAGCCCAUGAAGCUAUACUGGUAGACGGUUACCUUAUAACACGUCAGCCCUAUGAACGCAAAGUCUCUGAUUGGCGGUAUGGCGCUAGAUACACGAAACCUUUUUCCCCCAGAUUUCCACAUUUCGAGGUAAGAAUACGCCAUUUUCUCAAUGACAUCACUUAAAUGCAGCCGACAAAAUGCUUUAAAGGCCAUAUAAUCUCUCAUUUUAUGAUACGUCAUGGGGUGACACUCCGAGGUUGGUUACUAGAUCUGCCAGACUUAUCAACGUCAAAAUUUUGCUCAGAAGCAAAAUUAUUUCUUUUCAAGGUGAUGAUUCUGGAAAGUGGGGAAACACGAUGGCUGGGGAUAGGAGUAGUGUUUGACCAUUACGGCACAGAUAAGAUGCCUGGAUGGAGAGAGGAAACAGUUGGAUUUCACACAGAUGACAGCAAAAUUUUUGAUACACAACAUUGUGAUUUUGGCAAAAGGACUAUAGGUUUGUAAUCUAGUAUAUUUUUUAACUUUGAUUUACGAAGGCAAAAUAUUACAUUGGAUGACAAGAAAAUGUACGACACACUGGAGAGAAACAUGAAAGAAAAUCUGAUUCAAGGAAGCAUAGUAUUACGCUUGAAAAUAUUUUGGGUUACAUGUCAAAGUUAGUCAUAAAGAGAACAUAAGAGUGUAUCUCGGAAGGCUGACGAAAAGGCAAAGUUGCAGUCAAAGUUUUUGAUGAUCCGUUCUAUUUUUGCUCAUUUUAUAUUAUCGAUUUUCGCAUUACCCCACUUGACAGUUUUUACUGAAAAAAAAAAAGAGGCUGUAAUGUUUCAGAUGUACUACUACGAGUGCCUAUUAGCUGAUUUUUAACCCUUCAAUUUGUAAAGACGGUGGUUGGUAAGGAGUUUAAUUAUUAUUAUUUGUUUUUUCCUUAUUAAGGCUCUACCGCAGCUCGCCGAGGUGACGUCAUUCGAUGCACUGUCGUGUUUGAAGAGAAGCGAGAGGUAGAUGGUCAAAUCCGAGUUCCUGUUGUUUUUAGUGUAAACGGAAGCAAGAUAAUUCCCAAAGAUAAGAACCAACCUUCUAUUGAAUACAGCAUGGACAAACCUCUGUUCCCUUACCUGGCCUUUCGAUACGAAAACAGCGUUCUGGCUAAGGUAAUAUUACCGCGGUAGACAGUUUGUUCUAAACAUGGAAGAGAUCCAUAGCUAAAUUGCUGUACUUAGGCACGUACCAAUCCAACAAAUACAGAGUUUGUGGUGAGAAAGAAUACAACGAAACAAAACCAAAAAUAAAAAAAAUUGUAAAUUAAAGAUCGUUUACCCUCUGAAGACGAGCUUUUAGUGGGAAGGCGCGGUGGGGGCGAUGCGGUAGGAUUGGCUAGGGUAGACGGUAAUGAAGUUUUGGUGUGUCCCGGUGUGAAGCCUUUGAUCAGGUCCGUUCCUUAAGUCUGUGUCUUCGCAGAGUGCGUGCGAAAAUAAUUUCGGGGAGCAUAUCGUGGAGGGAAGGAAGGAAGGAAAGAAAGGGGGAAAGGAGUAGAAAGUAAUUAUAACUUAUUUUAUGAAGGAGGCAGAUUGUACAAUGCUCCGGAAAAGUGCUGGAAGUAAUGCGCUUGGUACAGCGGGCUCGGUUAGGACCAUCGGAUUACCAAUAAGGAUGCUCGAACUCGAAAAUAAAAAGCUGUUCACGAGUGAGAACGGAAGUUUGGGCUGCAGUGACCUCAAAAGUGUCACGUGAUUCAGGCAGAUCCUCCUUUUCUCCUUCUCACUGACAAAGACAAAAGGCUGCUCUGAUCACAGGCUGAUUGUUUCUUUGCAGCGAAUGUUUGACUCUAUCGUGGUUAAGGUUGUUUUUCUUUAUAUUUGCCUCAGAUGUGUGCAAGAGAGGACAUUGAUUUUCAAGGCCAGGAGUUAACAUCGAACAUCGCCGAACUUCAAACGAAGUUAGAAUGCGUUGAGAAAAACUUUGACACAAAGUUAGAAUGCGUGCAGAGUAAACUUGAUGCUCUGCUGGAGAAGUUAGGUGAAGGGAAAAAGAAUAAAUGACGUUCAUUUUCAAAAGGAGUCGCAGUGAAGAAAGCGUCAUGAACAAAAAUAUGGGGUGAAAAACGACGGUUUUUGCGUGUUUGUUGGAAACUCAGUUCGAUAACAAAAGGACUGGUAAUGUGCUCUUAAGAAGCACACUGUGUGUUUAAAUAACAUAAAACUCCCACCUUCGCAGUAGAAGGGGAAACCUUCCUUAUGUUAUAAGUAGGGUUAUGCAACUUUUUUUAACGCUUCUAUGUAGGUUUUUGAAGAUCUCUACAAGGGGAAGAACGCUGGUGUGGAAUUGCGAUAUCACUGUAAAUUGAUAUUACCUUGUACUCCAGCAAAAAUUUCCUUUUUCCAAAAAGUGUAGACUAAACGUUUCGAAUGCGUGAGUCUUAGAAUAUAUCGUAGAUGAAUACAUGUAAGUUAAUACACUUGAUAGUCUUUUUUUACUUGGCUUAAAAUGGCUUUACCUUCUUUUACCUGUAAAGGCAUCUUUCGAAUUAACGGAAGUCUUCUUAAGAGAAAGAAAGAAACAAAAAAAACAGGGAAACCGUUUUGGAUUGAAGUUCCAUCGUCAGCCCGCCAUGAACCUCGGAGGGUCUAAUCAUUUGGCUACUUUUUACGUUCAAGUGCAGUAAAAUAGAGCAUGGCAAAUUUUUAGCACAGAAAAUUGCAGUGCAGUAGGUUGCAUUAUAGUACAGUUGCGGUGCAGUACGGUGCUGCGCACACAAUUAAAAAGACAAUUGCCUUGAGGGAUUAGUGUAUCUGGAUAUAAUUAGGAGAUAGCAUACGUGUCAGCUUGAGGUACGGGCAUUUAAUAAUUAAUUCCUUUAAAGUCGGUUGCGUUUAGAGUAAUUAUGGUUAUAAGGAAACUCAGUAGUGCCAAGUUUAUUAUAUCGCAGAUGCCCUGCAACCCCUAGAACGUAGAUUUUGCUGUAUAAGUGGGGAAGAAAAACAAACUUUUUUCAAGGAAGAUAUUUAAAACGGCUUCUGCUUGAACUUAACCGAAUAACUUAAAGUAACG